AUGGAAGCAGGCUUGCAGACCCCUCAGCCCCGUAAUCAUCAUCAUCAUCAUCAUCAUAACAGCAGCAUUGGUGGGAGCGCGGAGGGAGGAGGGCGCUGCAAGCGGCUCGCCCGGCGCUGCACACACCCACCCGCGCCGCCUCCCCCGCCGGCGCACCCGCACACUCGCAAUCGCUCGCUCGCCCGCGUUCGCUCGGGGUGUCAAACCCCGCCGGGCACCCCCAGCCCGCUCCGGGCACUGCCCCAGCCCGGGGGUCCCGCCCGCUUUUCCACCCCCUCCUCCUCCCAUCCCUCCAUCCUCCGUCCCUCCGACCGUCCUCCCGCCUCCCCACCGCUGGGCUUUUCCCCCCUGCUCUUGGCGCUGAAGAUCGGAGCCUCCCCCGCUUCCAAAUGCCCUUCCCACGCUGCAGGCAAUGAAUCUCUAAUCUCCUGGACUGAAAUGUCUGGCACUUACAGAAGCAUUUAUUUGCUGGCCCUUGUAUCCAUGAUGUUGUGCUCACAGAGCUCCACCUAUGGCAGUGUCCUAGCAAUGGGCUGAUGAUACACUGGGUAUGAAUUGUAUGUUUUUUAAGGAGUGGGGAGGGCAAAAAAGGACAAACGUAGGCUUUGCUGUACAAUAUGUGCUUCUCAUGCCAUCCUUGAAGUAACGGGUGGUCUCCAGCAGCAACUGUUGAAGGAUGGUUUGGGCUUCUGCGGGACAAGGAGUAGAUUAGUGCUGGCAGAGUUUGUUUCCUGCUGCUGACUCUCAGACCAUUGCUGCUCAUGUCAAACAGCCAACAUGCUGACUGAAACUUGGUGCUAUUUGCUGUUGUGUGCCUUUGGAAGAUGGGACAGACGGGAUGCCCUUUGGUGUCCUGUGUGGCAAAGAGGAGGAUAAGCUAAGUCAGCUCCUGAGAGAAGUCUCCGAACAGCUCCCUCUGGCUACUACAAGAAGUUGAACCGACAGCUUCUGCUCCCCAGAAGCUGUCUGAUAAUCACAGGCCAUUAUAUACUUCUCACUUGACUGCCCUGCUGGUAACUCCACUUUUAAGAUGAAUUAUGCAAGAAAUGCUGUGAAGCAUCAGACAUUCGGGAGCUGAGGAUUGGGAAGAGUCCUCUCUCAGUGUAUGAACUCACUUCUGGAUAAAGUCUGAGACUCACCUGGAUUCCAGCUUCCCCGAAAAGGACAAAAAGUGGAAAGGAUCAAAACAAUAAUCAGUGGACUUCAUUUUUCCUGUGCGUGUGUGCUUGUAUCGUGUCUGAACUCGCCAAGAAUAUACAUGGUUAUUCACAAGGAAUCCAGUAAACGGUGAAUCU